CUGGUAAACUGUUAUGCGUUGUUUUUACAAUUGUCAUUUUUAAUUUUUAUUAGAAAACAUCUUUUAAUAACUUUCUAAGAACUUAUGCUUCUUUUAUAGUUGUGUUUGUGAUAUUUCUAUUCAACUUUUGACUUUUAAUCAGUCAAUAUGACAGAACGAAAUAAAUUCGAAGAACUCAAGCAAGUUAUCGUGAACACCAAAGCUAAAGUUACUUACCAAAGAGGUAGUUUCUUAGGAAAAGGUGGGUUCGCUAGAUGUUAUGAAUUUAAAAAUGCUCUCACGAAAGAAGUAUUCGCAGGAAAAGUUGUAUCAAAAAGUAUGUUAAUGAAACCUCAUCACAAAGAAAAGAUGUGCCAAGAGAUUGAAAUCCACCGUUCUCUUUCUCACAAAUACAUCGUUUCUUUGCACAGCUAUUUUGAGGAUGAAAGUAACAUGUAUAUCGUUUUGGAAUUAUGCAGAAAACGUUCCCUGAUGGAAAUGCACAAAAGACGCAAGACCCUCACUAUUCCUGAAGUUCGCUAUUUUAUGCGACAGAUAGCGUUAGCUUGUAAAUAUAUGCAUGAUAACAAAGUUAUUCAUCGCGAUUUGAAACUUGGAAAUUUAUUCAUCAAUGAUGAUAUGGAGAUCAAAGUUGGAGAUUUUGGCCUUGCUACUAGAAUCAACCAUGAAGGAGAAAGGAAGAAAACUUUAUGCGGAACACCCAAUUACAUAGCCCCUGAGAUCCUUACAAAACGGGGACACAGUUAUGAAGUAGAUAUUUGGUCUCUGGGUUGCAUUAUGUAUACUUUAUUAGUUGGUUCUCCUCCUUUUGAGACAAGUACACUAAAGAACACAUAUAACAAGAUAAAGAAGUGUGACUACUAUCUUCCACCAAAAUUGGAUAGAAAUGCAAGACAUUUAAUUCAGAAACUUCUUCAUCCGGACCCAGAUAAGAGACCCAAUGCUGAUACCAUUCUAAUGGAUGAUUUUCUUACAGCCGGCUACAUUCCGUCUCGAUUACCUACUUCUUGUCUCACUAUGCAGCCUAGGUUCAACCACAAUAUGUCUUUCUGUGAUGUAUCCAGGAUUGUAAACCGUCCACCUCUUGUAGAUAGUGGAAACUUGAUCAGGACAGCCAUUCCAGAAACGGUAAACGCUGCCCCUGAAAUCCCUGCAGCUGUAAACUAUGAUGAAAUAAACAAGCGAAGUGAUAUGCCAAAGGAUUCUUACCUUGGAGAGUUGCUAAAAAUGUUGGAAUCUGUUAUCGCUUGCCAUCCAGAAAAUCUCUACACUGGUCAAGCCGAAGACGCUCAGGAUCCAUCGGCCGUUCCCUUUGUUUGGAUUAGUAAAUGGGUAGAUUAUACUGACAAGUAUGGAAUCGGUUAUCAGCUUUGUGAUAACAGUAUCGGUGUGUAUUUUAACGAUGCCACUCAUUUAGUUCUUUUAGCUGAUGGAGAAAAUCUUCAAUAUACUCAGCGCGAUAACGUAGAAAUAUUUUACACUAUGGAAAACCAUCCUCAAGAAAUGAGCAAGAAAAUCACGCUAUUGAACUAUUUUAAUACUUACAUGACAGACAACUUAGUAAAAGCUGGUGAGAGUGCUCGUCCUAGGGAAGGAGAUGAAAUGGCCAAUGUGCCCCAUCUUCGAGCUUGGUUUCGUACAAAGUCAGCCAUUAUUUUCCACCUUUCGAAUGGAACAUUUCAAGCUAAUUUUUUCAAAGAUCACACAAAAAUUAUUUUGUGUCCAUUGAUGGGAGCUGUUUCUUUAAUCGAUGAGGAUAAGAACUUCACGGUAUACACUUUUCAACUCAUUGAAAAGUUUGGUUGUUCUGCUUUAUUGGCGUCUCGUUUACGCUAUGCUAAGGGUAUGGUUGAAAAGUUAUAUAAAGACUGUUUUACAACUGAGAAAGUAGCUACACCAGUGAACUCUGAAUUUAAGUGUGUCAACUGAAAUCAGUCUUUAAACUAUCUUGUGUGUGCUAUUUCCAAACUCAGUUCUUGAUGAAAUUGAAUCUUGGUGUUUUAGAAAGAAAAAUUUUUUUACUCUUGAUGCGAUGAAGAGUGUUGUACUCAUUUUAUUCAAUUAUUCUUUUACUCUGAAUGUUUUUAAUAUAUCUGAAGUUGAAUUCUGUGUUUUAUAUGGUAUUGAAACUUAUACAUUUUAAAGAAUUGAAAAAUGUCAAUGUAUAGGCUAUUUUAAAAUAGAAUUAGUACUAGGUAUAUUUUUAAAUAGUUCAAAUUGUAAUUGAAUUUAAAAUUUACAAAAUUUGAUGCUAGAUAUAUUUCAUUUUCAAUAAGUAUUAAAUAUUAUAAUUUUCAUACAUAAAUGUUUUUUCAGGAAAAAAAACUUAUUUUUUUGCAGUUAAGCUUAUUUUGUAUUUAAUGCUCUUAAGUAGAUUAAUUUAAUAGAGAUAGUUCUUGAUAGAGACAUAUAGAAUUGUUUAAAAUUUAUGUGACUUAACUAUUUUAUUUACUAAUGCUCUAUGCUUCAUACCUAAUCAUUGCAUAAUUUAUAUUAAUAGGAUAUUUCCAUAUCGGUACCUCAUUACAAUUGCCUUUGUUUUUUACGUGUAAAAUUUUUUUUAAGAAACCUAACAAUUUGCCUUGGUGUGGGUGUAAGUUAUACUAUUCUUUUGGAUGUUUUUUUAAUAUUUUCGCACAUGCUGCUGACCAUAUAUCUCUAAAAUUCCACAUUUAUUUUUGUGCAAAUGCUGUUAUGGAAAUCUUCCCUAUAUUUUUUUAGAAAUAUAUUGUAUUACUGACUGAAUUUAUUUGCUAAACAAGUAUUUUGAUGAAAUAAGAUAUUUUAUAACAAUGCACUUUUAAUUCUGAUGAUACAGGUUAUUUUCAAUGUAGUGCUUUUUUUAAUUACUUGAAAAUUAACAUAGUAAAUGUAUUUUUUAGAAACAUUUUUUUUUCAGCAUCAUUUCAUAAGGAUCAAAUGUAUAAAGUUUUAUCUUAUUAAUAAUCUAACUUACAUAAUGCUUAUAACUGUGAUUUGUUCCAUUUAUAUUUUUAUUUCUAUAUGUACGUAACUACUUUUAAUAAAAUUAUUGUGAUUUUAUUAAAAUUUUAACUGAUAAAAUUAUUUUAAUAGUAUUUACUGUGAAAAAUAAAGUGUGCUCAUAUAGACUAGAGUAUGUAAGCGAAAAAUUAUUUAGAUUUUGUAAAUUAUUUUUAUUAAAAACUUUUUUAUUAA